AUGCAUAUCUACCGCCGUCAGGCCCGCAACCUAGCCUGGUACGAUGAAGAAGGCGAAGCUUCAUCGCAUAAUCCAUUCAAGAAAUUCCGCCGCCAGCAACACCCCCGACGCUCAAACUCCAUGCAGCUUGAAAGCGGUCUCCAGUCCCGCAGCCUGGGUGAUCUGUCAGAAGAUCACCGCCGAAGACAGGACAUGAACCACGACCUUACGGGCCCGAACUACUCUGGCAGUUUUCCGCCAGAGUCGGCUGGAAGCGACUUGGACACCCCAACCCCCCACCGAUCUCCACCUGAGCCCUCAGUGGAGAGCCAUGAUCCCAUCAAUGUCUCGCGCGGGCUUGAGGAGUCUGCUGACUCUGGGGUUCCACGCCAGAGAAAGGGCGGGUUCCUGGGCAAGCUCAGUCGUGGCGAGGAUAGUUUGGAUGAGGAUAAGAAAUCGCUCUCUGAGCCGCAGAAGUUCACAUUCGCCUCGCAGCUAAGAGCCACUAUCCUGAACUCGUGGAUCAAUGUUCUUUUAAUUGCUGCGCCAGUCGGAAUUGCUCUAUACGCCGUGGAGGCCAACCCCAUUGCUGUUUUCGUCGUUAACUUCAUUGCUAUCAUUCCCUUGGCUGCUAUGCUGAGUUUUGCGACUGAAGAAAUCGCCCUUCGUACCGGUGAAACUAUUGGCGGUCUGCUGAAUGCUUCGUUCGGUAAUGCCGUUGAACUGAUCGUUGCAAUCAUCGCUUUGGUCAAGCACAAGACUCUUAUUGUACAGACAUCCCUCAUUGGCAGUAUGUUGUCAAACUUGCUGUUGGUUAUGGGCAUGUGCUUCUUCUUCGGUGGAAUCGACCGUAUGGAACAGCACUUCAACGUGACAGUUGCCCAAACUGCCGCGAGUAUGUUGGCCUUGGCUGUUAGCAGUUUGAUCAUUCCCACCGCGUAUCACCGGUGGUCUGAUACCACCCACGGCGAUGGAACUGCCGCUUUGUCUCGAGGAACCAGUGUCCUUCUCUUAAUUGUCUACGCAUGCUACCUCUUCUUCCAACUCAAGUCUCACGCAGACAUGUACAACCGCCCCAGCCCGAAAGUUGAACGGCGACGAGCCCGCGUCAGUGAAGGAGACGCCAGUCGUGGAAUUGCCCAGAUCGGCAAGAUGACCGCCGCCCCAUUGGUCGGCCAGAACCCAGACCACAUGCAAAUGGAGGAUGCAGAGGAUGAGCCUGAGCAGCCCCAGCUCUCCAUUGUCACUGCUAUGCUCACGCUCCUCAUCUCAACUGCGUUUGUGGCUGCGUGUGCCGAGUUCAUGGUUGACUCCAUCGAUGCUCUGACUCACACUGGUAACAUUGGCGAGACAUUUGUUGGAUUGAUCCUUCUACCUAUUGUUGGUAAUGCUGCUGAGCAUGCUACUGCCGUGACGGUGGCUUGUAAAGACAAGAUGGAUCUUGCCAUUGGUGUUGCUGUUGGCUCGAGUAUGCAGAUUGCGCUGCUUGUGUUGCCGUUGAUCAUUGUUCUUGGAUGGAUUAUUGGUGUUGAAGACAUGACACUCAACUUCGACGGGUUCCAAGUCAUUGUGCUUUUCAUGUCUGUUCUUUUGGUGAACUACCUCAUCGGUGAUGGCAAGUCUCACUGGCUUGAGGGUGUCUUGUUGAUGAUGAUGUACUUGAUCAUCGCCAUUGCGGCUUGGUAUGUGUUCGUUCUGCAUUGCCAAGUAACAGCCACUAACUUUGUUUAG